GGGAUGCUCACAUGCUACUUAGCUAAGCUUUCUGACUUUUCUUAAAAAACUGUAACCCAAUACUGAAUGACUGUGGUACUCAAAUCUGGAAAUUAAGAAAUAUGCAUUCAUCCUCUCACUUGUUGUGCAACAACGGUUAUGACCUCCUGACAACUUAUAGACAGAAACGAAGUAUUCCUGGUUUGCUUUUUGGCUCACUGCUGAUAGCUUUUGCUAAAGGGUCUUGAUGUACCCUAUAGCAGUACUAUAGUCACCCCUACUUCUACAAAUAAAAGGAUUUGUUAUAUUAACCAACAUAAUUAAAACUUUAAAAAUGGAAAGUCUCCUGUAAAUGGUCAAAAGUAAGUGCAUCAGGGAGGUUACUUCACACUCCAGUUGCCUUUUAUAGGAAUUCUUUCACCUUCCUUGAAUAGGUAAGGUUCUGGAUAAUGUGCCUGAUUCCAGUCCUCCUACAGAAAAUGUGAGUCUAAGGAGAAUGAGAAAUACUACAGACCUAAUACUCUUUAAUGAGAAAAGUAAAGACCUUAAAUGAACCAUUCGUUUGCUCCGUAUGCACUAUUUUUUUAAUUGUAAUUACUUUCUGACUCUUUUGUGGUCUGGUUUGCAGAUUCAAACAUCUCGCUUCACGCGUUACAAGUUUAUCCUUCUCGAAGGGCUUUUCUGCAGUGUGGUUUUUUAACAUGUAAGAGAGAACAAAAAUGGUUUUCUGUAACAUUUUAUUAUCUAUUGCUCCUUUCCUUCUGCUCUACACUAAGUAUCUCAGGAGAGCUUAAGGCCAACUGCACUAUCUGUACAGCAGAUGCUGUCCCAUCAUCAUGUACCCUGGAAUUCAUGCAUGACUCCAAGGAGACUAGACAUACACAUUCCAUUUAUCCCCAAGCUGCAUACUAACACAAAGCCAUGAAUGCACAUAAAGAAGAGCAACAAAGGGGAGAAACAAAAUUUCUAGGCAGCAAAGAAAUUCAGAUAAACUGGAAGUAUUAUCUAUAUAUUCUUUUUGUUUAGAAAUUGAUCAUGAACAGAUAACUUGUAUUAAAUGAAUUUCCAUUCUUAAUUCUCCAAAUAAGAAUUUAAAUCAAUCUGUCUGGAUUUAAAUUUUUAUUAUACGGUCUUAGAAAACACUCGUAACCAAAUCACUGGAGCAGUAAAUCUACCGAGGAGUGGAAGUAAGUAUUUUAGGGAAAGCAGGAGACAGCAGAUAAUAAAUAUCCAAUGACACAACGCAUCUGUUGUCUACGCUGUCAUUGCUUCUUGCCAAAAAAAAUAACGGCUUAACGUAUCUCUUCUCCAUCACUGCUUCUGAUGAAAAUCUGGUAUUUACUGAACAGCAGAAGAAUGUAACUAGAUCAGAUCAAAGGCCUAGCCAGUUAGCUUUCUUCUGACAGAGAUGAACAGCAGAAGGCUAAAGAAGAGUUUAGAACAGGGUAUUGUAAUAUUUCCUCAGUAAGGAAUUCCCUAAGCUUCCAAUAGCUCAUGACCAGCAACCUUAGGCAUCUGGCUUUGUUACAGUACCUGUGUUUUUAAUAAUCUUUGACAUGCUUUCUGUCAUGAAUUUUCCUUAUUUGACUCUUUGAAUGCACACAGACUUUUGUUAUCUGUAUUAUAUUGUGCCAGUGAGUUUCAAACUUUAACUAAAUAUUGCUUGAAAAAGAAUCUCACAAAAAGUAUGUCCAAAAAUAUCUUAAAAUUAAAAAAAAAUGUAACUUUACAAACCAAACUCUGCCAGGAAUUAGCUGUGUGCGGUUUUAACUAAGCUCUGGCAUUUGUUCGAGAAGAAUUUUCAUAAUGUCAAAAUUAACAAACUUCUCCCAUCUGAACCACCAUAUGGAAAUGCUAGUAAUAAAGAGCCUAGAAUUACUGAAAUACUGUGUUUCUCUCUAGGCAGCUCUGCAGACCAAAUGAUGCACUGUAAUGUAAUGUAAAAAAGAGAUUACUUAGUGACUUAAUUUACAUCAUGUAAAUGAUAGCCAAAUAGGAUAUCACACGUUGAAUGUUACACACAACUGCUCUAAGGCAAUGAUUAUGCCACAAUAUGAAUACAGUAACAUUUGAUAAUCUCUAGUAUCUUUCAACAUAUAGUAUCUACAGUUGUCUAGAAUUAACUCUUUUAAACGUGCUACUUUACAAGAACAAAACCCAACAAAUUAAGCACUGCAUAACUGUAGCAGAAUAUUUAAUUCUACCAGAGAAAUAACGUACUAAGAUCUGCUAUGAAACAUCUUCAAAACAUGGCGUAUACAGUAAGCACGCCAUUUAACUUUCGGAGAGGUACGUGCAUGUGGUCAGCGUUACAGGCCUGUACCAUUAUUUGUCGUCUUCUCGCUAUAUCGCUCUGUAUCGCUCGCCCACGUCCUUUGCUGGGAUGCGUUUGCAAAGAGGCAGCUCCACGCCAUGCUGGCACCCAGAGCUGCCAGGAAACCCAAGGCAGCGCUAACCCACCACCCCUCAGCAGACACGCUGCAAGACGGCCGGCUACUCGGGCCCCAGGACAAACCACCCCGCCUCCCGCCCGGCUCUGAGGCGAAGCACCUCCGGGCAGCGCCGCAAAGGGCUUGUUCUGCGCUUGGACACCUGAGGGAAAGCACAGGACUUCGUGGGGCAAAACCUCAACCCUGCGCCAUCGACGGCAACAUCAACACCGACUGGUACGAGCCGAUUGUGAGUUCAUUUCGGUCAGCCUUUCCACAACGGGGAAAAAAAAAGGGGGGGGGGAGAAAUAGAAAUUGAGCCUCCGGGGCUUCCCGAUGAUGACGACGACUGGUACCUGUGGCCGCGCCCGUCCCAGCUAAGGAAGACAACAGGAAGCUAACCCUAUCUACCGCCGUCUCCGGGCGGUCCCGCCGCUCACCCGGGACACGCCGCCGCCAUUCGCGCCCCUCCCCGGCUUCCCAGCAGCCGCCUCGAGCGACCUCCCGCCCUCCCGCCCAGAGCCCCGGGCCCCGGGCCCGGCAGAGCGCCGCACAACGGGGCCCGCCCGAGGCCGCACCCCGCCCGGAGGCGGGCGCAGACGCCGGCCGCGCAUGCGCCUGACGUCCCCGCUCGUGCGGAGGGGCCGCAGGCCGCGUUUCUUAGCGACGAGGUGACGCCAUGUGCGGCGCCCCGGGGUUGCUGCUGGCCCUGCUGCUGGCGCGGCUGGCCGCCGGGAGUCCCGGCACCCCGCCUGGAGCCGCCGCCGAGCUCGCCGCAGGGGCUGCGCAUCGGGCUGCUCCCCGAAGCGAGGAAGCGGCAUCGCGCCGAGCCCCCGCUGCCCGCGCGGGCCGGGCCGGCACCCAGCCCUCCGCAGCCGGGCCCCGCCGCGGCGCUCCUGCUCCUCCGCUCCGCCGCCGCGCCCCGCGGGCCGCCGCCGCCGCCUUCCCCGCCCGCCGCUUGCCGCCCGUCGCCUGCGGCCUGCGCGACCCCGGCGCCGCCGACUCGUCUCGCCUCUCCGGCGGCUGCAGAAGGGGAGCUUGUCUUUGCAGGUCUGUGAGGCAAGUGUGCGUGGAAAAAUCGCUCAUGUUCAGAAGUAAUACUCCUUAUCCUACUGAUACCGUUGCUGUCCCUGGUGGGCAUGGUCUGCUGUUCUGUGUGCAGCUGGAUGACUCAAAGCUGAACUGUUUCCAACAGCCACAGGAUAUCAAAGAAUCUGAUUUUCUGAAGUUCUUAGGGAAGUACGGCAGACAUUCUUUCUUAGCACCAUCACAAGUCCAGCCAUCAUCCUCUGCCUUUUACCGGGCUGGUGAUCCAAUCCUAAUCUACUUUGAUUCAUCAUCUGUACUGAGCAUGCUUAGACAGCCAGUAAAAAUGGGAGCCAGUGGACUUUGUGUUGAUGGAAAUCCUGCCGGCUUCCUGGACAGUAAAAGCACAAGCUGUACUCGGAUUUUUGCCAACUUGAGCAAGAGCUGCAUUACUGACCCUGCCCUAAAUGCUGCUUCCUACUACCGUGACUUCACUGUGCUAAAGGUCCCAAUUAAUGACACCAUUGUGCAGUCCAUGAAGGUAAAGGUGACUGCAGUUGCACCGCCUGGAGCUCCCCACAUGAAAGACAACGCAUGUAACAAUGUUGUUUCUGAGGUUAUCUAUGAGAUAGAAUUCAGUGGCACGCAUGGGAUUCAGAGUGUUUCUGUCCGGUUCAAAGUGACCAGCAUCUCUGGGAACUCGGGAUCCUCUCUGCAGCAGCGCUUCACUUUGCACUUCUGGACCAGGACUCUUUCUCACAUGUUGCCUAGAAGUGGAAACCCUGGCUAUAUCACUGGAGCACCGCUGUUGAUUGCAAACGGUGGUGCCAUGCAGCAUAUGAGCAUUUUACGGAGUGAAGGUGAUGGAAGUUGCUCACAGUUCCUCAGACAUACAGUACAAUUUGGAAGAAAUAUGAGGACAGGCUGCAAGCUCAGCCUAUCUCAAAUACUGGAAGAAAGUAACUGUAGUUACAUCCAGCAGAAGUUAUACAAGGCUCUUCAGGGGAUGGACAGAGCAGAGAGCCUUGCUGUAACUGGCAGCGCUCAUUCAACCCAGGCAGAAGAGUGGACAGCCAUUCUGAUUCAGAACUGCAGUGCGCAGGCAAUGAAUUGCACUUCCUGUUGCAUGGUUCCUGUGACCCUGGAGGUACAGAUAUUGUGGACUAAGGUGGGCCUCCUGUCCAACCCACAAGCUCAAAUACUGGGUGCACGGUACUUUUAUCAGUGUCGCCCCCUGAAGUUCCUAAGCACAAGCACGGUACCUUUGACAACUGUCGUUACCUUCACUGACAUGACGGAAUGGCCAGAACCUCCACGAGGCCAGCCCCAAAUGCACUGGAAACUCCCAUUUGACAUCUUUUUCCCAUUCAAAGUGGCGUUGAAUUUGGAAAGAAGUUAUAGAAGUGAUCUGGCUGGCUAUUUUUUGUUGAUUCUAAUAAUGUCUAGUAUUCUCUGCUUUUGAAAAGUCAAAUAGACAGGACCUGUACUUAAAGUUCAGUAAGUGAAUUGACACAUCCAGAAUAUGAUCCAGAUCAUGGACUUUUCUGCUCAGGUUCUUUACUGUGCCUAUGAUAUGUAUGUGCCUUCUGUUCUUGGAUUAAGCCAUGUGGACUAGCUUCUGUCCUGCGUCCUCUCAUGCCCCUGUUCUCCAUAUGCAUCAUCUGUGAACCUCACUGCAGUGAAACACUUGAGAGAUGGAGAGAUCAAGAGACAUUGCAUCAAUGAGGAACAAGGAGGAGGACAUUGAAAUGAACAUUCCAUGUUCCCAGAAAGCAAGAGUGCUUUCUAAACCAAGGAGUGUGGAGAGAGGAGCAGAGUUCAAUCCAAGCAUUUUGGAGCUGCAUUUGGUCAUCUUCUGAUUGGAGAAGCACCUGAUUUUUCUACAUGGAACUAACCGAACAUUUAAAAAUACAGGAGCCCUCCCACGCUGCCUGAAUUAUUAUGACUACACUUGUAUGCCAGUCACCUUUAAUCUGUCCUUAUUACAUGACAACCAUGCCUCUGUGACAGUUUUUGACUUGUGUUUUUGUCUUUUCAAAGACAGAUGUUCGAUUGAAAUUUUUGUUUUAAUCCCUGUUUACAUUAGCACUAGUGUUACACAAAGCAAAGUAACUGUAAAUGUCCCAUCCUCUGAAAUAUAAUUGAAUUUUAAUUGUCAAGACAGCUUCCCUCCUGAUUUUUUUUUUUCUUGAAGAAACAGGCCUGAAUAUGGUUUCUCCUAAAUAAGAAACAUUCUCUUGUGGCUCCAGAUCAGAACUGGACUGAUAAUGAUAGCCACUGAAAUUCUAGGUGGCACAUCAGAGAUUUGUGAAACAGUCCUAAAGAAAAAAAGCCAUUAUUUUAGGAUGAAUCUGUAGAUGUAUUAUGAGACUGAAGCUUACUGUAAUACCUUACCUCUGGCUCAGUCUCUGGGACAGAGCUUGCUGUUUUUGAAGUCGAAGGCGAUCUUCUGAUUAUCUGGUCUGCCCCACUGCAUCACACACACUCAGGAAAUCUGCUCAAUCAUUCCAUUAAGUUGUUGGACAACGGUAUUUUUUUUAGCAAAGGAUUUAUUAUUAUGGAAAAAUGGGCAAGAAAAUCAGAGAAAUCUAGCCUACCUUUAACAAAAUGUAUUUGCUGCUUUUGUACGCAUACUGUGUAUAGCGACUUUACUGCUCUUUGUCAUUACAAACUUAAACACAAGAACGCAAAAA